AUGGACUCACACACGUCUAUCCUAGAAGUCCCGGCAGAUCUGCCGUUGUUGGCAGAGAAAUUGCUGCUGUUUAUAGGCAAUUUUCUUGCGCUUUCUGCCAAUUCUACUCCCGAAAUCAACUUUGAUCAGCAAACUCUACAACUUUUCAUCAACAACCACAACGCCGACACACUCUAUAUAGUCCAGUACACAGAUGAAAGCUACGUGGAUGUGGUCCCGGAGUUGGCCCAGUCCCAAGCAGGCAAGUCUGCGGUAGUGGCAGUUAUCAUUCUUAUCAAAUCCAACAAGGGGCCGCUUAUCUCGAACAAACCUUUGACUAGCCAAUUGAACAUCCUCAAUAUCCCCAACACUACUACAGCAGUCGACAGCAUUACUGGGGAAGUAUCAAUAGAUACCGUAGAGUCAUUUGAGAGAUUGCGGUCACUUGUAGCACUUGGGUUGACUCCUUAUUUCGAUUUGAUAACUUCCAAUAACAGCAAUAGUAGUACUGAUUCUGCUCUUCCUUCUUUAAAUGGCAAUAGAGACGCAACUUCGUCCCAAAACACAGUCAACGCAGCUAAAAAGAAGCUCAACGAGUUGACAUUAUCACUUCAGCAUCUCCAGGAGCAGAUCCAGAUUCCUGACUUGCUCAUGACAGCCCAUCCCAAAAUCAAAAAUAUAACUGAUAAUGGUGUUGAAAUAAGCGAUGAAAUUCUAGAGCCACUUGUUCUGGACUCCAUCCUCCUCAACGAGUUGACCAAUAUCGUGAACAACUGGAUCAAGCAAAUACAGUCCGUAACCAAGCUAGACCAUAAUCCAUGGGAUGGUGAUUCUAUCAUCGAAGAAUUGCUGUUUUGGCGUUCUCUUGAAAUCGCCUUGACUUCUAUUUCACAACAAAUUGCAGCACCGGAAGUGACUACCACCAUAGAUGUGCUUAACAAGGCCAAAAGAUUCCACGUAACGUUGAGUUUCCAAAACGACACUGGACUUCAAAGCAAAAUCAACACAACCAAGGUAUAUAACUCACUCUUCAAAGACUUUCCCAUUGAAGAUUUUAUCUCCGAUUCCGAAAAUGUUUUAGAAAAGUUUGAAAUCGGGCUCCAUAGUAUUUUCAAUCACCUUAAAUCGAGGUUGAAGAACUUGAACUUGUAUCCAUUGGGACGUUCUAUUCAAACAAUAGAAGUGAUAAUAGUUGAUGUGACUCGCAAAUUCAGCUCCAUAUUGACAACGUACUCAUUAACGUCAAUACCGAUGCUGGAGUUCAAUGAAGUCUACAAUUCUGAUAUAAUGGGCAUUUUCAAUUUGAUAGACCAGAACUUGAAGUACUUGGUCAACUUAUUGAGAGAGACUCUCAGAAAGAGACAAGAGAAGUUUAUAAUUAUUCAGAUAAAUCACGAUGGCUACGACAAGCUACGAGAAAGAUUGGACAACUUAAAGUUACUUAGGCUGAAACACGAGGACUUACUUGUUCUUCUUGAAUCGAUUCUUCCGGACAAUAAUUCUGUCAAGCGAUUACUCGAAGCAUACAAUAAAUUCAUCAUAGCCAGUAACGCCCUUGAUAUUUCUUCUCAAGGAACAAUCAUAUGGCAACUGAACGAAAGAGGAUAUCUUUCUGUUUCUCAAGAAUUAAGUUCGCUAAUGACAUUGCAGAUUAAUGCAUUGUUUGACAAAUGCCAUACUUUCACCGAUUUUCUAUCCAUAAUUGAUCAAUUUCAACCACUAUUAAAUUCCACUUCAGAGUCGCAAAACAAGAUUAUGAACUUAACAAGCGAUGAGUAUAAAUUAAGAUUGUUGACCGUAGCAAAUUCAGAGGUUGAGCAGUUCAUUGAGUCGAACCUAAACAAUAAGACAUUUAUGUCACUGUCAAUUUCUGUGAUGAACGAUAUUCAAGCGAUGAAUGUAUACAAUGAUGAGUUCCUUUUGGUUUCUGAAAUUAUUCUCAAUAAUGGCCUCGUUUCCAAAUUGAAAUUCUAUUUGAAGAACCUCGAGAAAUCAUUGGGGACCAAUUGGAAUAAGUACUCAAUUGGCACCAAGUUGAAUGUUGAGGUUUCGAAUUUGCUAGUUAAAUUAGAUACUGAUCAGUUGUUCGAGAAUUGGAUAAAAGGAGCUCACAAUAUUCUCCUGUCUCACGAAAUGGGACCGUUGGUUAGGAUACAUCACCUGGCAAAUAAUGAGGUAAGAAUCGAUGUCAACAUCGAUACUACUUUAUUAGAAUUCUGCAUUCAAGCUACUCAACUCCGAAAUUUGGGAUACUCCAUUCCAACAAGUAUUUCCCUACAAUUAAGUAAGAUUGAGAACAUUUAUCCAUUAGUAGUAGGACUCAUAGAACAAAUAGCCGUUGUUAGAAACGUUUUUGACUACGAAUUAGUCGAAACAGAAUAUGGCAAAAAGUUUGGGAAGACCUUAAGUGAACAACAACGAAAAGUUGGCGAUUGCUUGAAGGUUUUGCUCGAUGUGAAUUGGCAACAUUUGUCUAGAGCUGUUGAAUUACAGGAUAUCGGUACAGAUAGUCACAAUCUACUUAGUUCGGAUAACCUAGUUGAACUUCAAUCCUUCAAGGCUUUCAACAAAUUUCAGGACGAAGCGUAUCUCUUGUAUGACCAAGUAAAUACUUUGUCAAAUUUUCAUUCUUUCUUGGAAGACAAAUACCUCAGUCUCAGAACCUGUCAGUUCGAUUUCGAAGUCAUCAAGACUAUCAUAAGCGAAAUUCAACAGAGAGUUAAUAAGACUUGUUUGAUAAUAGAAAAUAUGCAAGAAGCAUGUGCUACUAUCAACCAAGAUUUGAAGUCAAUAUUGUUUGGGAGAGGUUCCGAUGAACUUUCCAUUUUGCUGAAAUCCUUGUCCACAGACAAUUUAGAAGCUUAUGGAAGAUCUACGAAAGAAAAGUUCACGAUUUCUAUUAUUUUUGAACAAAAGUCACUCCUGAUUUCACCUUCUGUUACGCUGUUGAAGACAUUUAUUACCAAAAAGAUAACAGACAUAUUCAGCAUUAUCGAAUCUCAAAGUACGGUUUUUGUUGACCGGAGUUUAGAAGAGGAUUUUCACGGAUUUGUUGUUGGUGAUGUUUUUUCAACCAAUACGACAUCUAUUUUGAACCAAGUCGACAUUUUCAUAAAAGAAGGGGAAGAUUACUUCUCACAAUGGCAAGUUUUACAAAGCCUAUGGGAACUAGACCUUUCGAAUACUAAGGAAUUUAGAAAGAUACUACCAAAGAAUUCUGAUUUAGCCUGCUGGUUAGAGACCAUCAAUAAUGUCAUCCAGUUGAGAAGGUUGUUUGAUAAUGGCGAAAGCUCGAAAGAUAUCGGCAACUGCUUGCAAAUUGACUUCAGCAAAGUUCAGAGGAGAGUCAACUUAAAAUUUGAAUCUUUUCAGAAUGAUAUAAUUGAAGUGUUUUCUAGCCAUUACCAGAGUGAAUGCAUUCAAGUCAAUGAAGAAUUAUCUGGCGCGAUUACUUCGUUGGAGUGCAAAUUAAAUUUGCAGAGUGAAGUCAUGAAGCUUGUCUCUGAUAUUGAAGUAUAUUUGAAGUACAAGGACUUGAUGGCAUCAUUUGCCGCAAAUUUAGCAUUACUCAAGAGGGGGCAAUCUUUGCUUACAAGUCAACGAUUUAAAUUCUCGAAGGAAUGGGUAUUUGUAGAGCAAAUUGAAAACGACCUCUCAAUCGUGAAAGCUUUAAUUCAGAGAAAGGAAUCGCUGAUUGAUCAAAAUACAGAAAUUAUUUCUUCGAAAAUACGAGCCGAAUCUGUUAGAGCCAAUGAAGCUAUUAAGUCAAUAAAAGGUGAAUGGAGUACGAAGAAACCAGUUGAUGGCCAGUUAAACCCAUCUCUUGCUAUAUCUGUUUUGACAAAUUUCCAGGAAACAUGUAACAAGCUUAUCAAAAACAAAGAGUCGAUUUCUAAAGUUGCUGCUAGUUUAGAUAUUCAGAUUUCAAUUCGUGAAGAGUUGGAAUACAUUUUAGAAGAAAUAAGCGAUCUUAAAUCAGUAUGGUCGUCUAUUAAUGACUUAUGGGAAGCAUUGGAACUUUUGAAUAACUUGUCUUGGUCUGAAGUUCAUACCAGAACCCUUCGUCGACAAUUAGACGAUCUUUUGACUUCAUCCAGGGCUUUACCAGCUAAUGUUAGACAGUAUUCAGCUUUUAGCAAAAUUCAAAAUUUAGUUAAAGGACACAUCAAGAACUUUGGACUGGUCAACGAAUUGAAAGGUGAUGCAAUGAAGCCAAGACACUGGAACUUGCUAUUUAAUGAGUUGGGAAUUCGUGAUCUUAGCUAUGAACUGUUGAGUCUCCGUGAUGUUUGGAGUUUGAACUUCGAACUUAACCAAGCGACAAUUAGAGCAAUCACCACUCAAGCUAUUAACGAACAAAUUAUCGCCACUAACCUCAACAAGAUUGAGGAGGAAUGGUCUUCUAUUACUUUGGAAGUCUUUAACUACGAGGACAAGUGCAGGUUGGUCAAAAAUUGGGAUGUUCUUUUGGACCAAUGUAAGAAUGACGUGAACACUUUGGCUACCAUGAAAAACUCUCCUUACUACCCUACUUUUGAACAAGACAUUAGUACGAUGGAAAGUAAGUUGAAUAGAUUUUCUUUGCUAUUGGAUGUUUGGCUAGAGGUGCAACGUCAAUGGGUUUAUUUAGAUGGAGUAUUUGGAAACAGAGCCAAUGACAUCAAGAGCCUCUUGCCAAUAGAAUCUACAAGAUUUUCUAAUUUAUCCUAUGAAUUACACAAUGUUUUGAAGAGGAUUUAUCGUUUUCAAACUGCUUUGGAUGUUUUAUUAAUCACAGAUAUUCAAUCCGUAUUCGAUAAGUUCCAUGAAAGUUUGAUCAAAGUUAGAAAAUCGUUAGCUGAUUACCUCGAGAAACAGAGAGAGUUGUUUCCUAGGUUUUAUUUCGUAGGAAACGAAGACUUGUUGGAUAUAAUCGGAAGUUCUGGAGAUAUCACCAGAAUUAACAGACAUUUAAAGAAGAUGUUUGCAGGCAUUUCCAAAAUUGAAGUGAACAAAGAGAAUUCAACUAUCGUUGCAGUGUUUAGUGAGGAAGGAGAAAAAGUACAUAUGAAACAUCCUGUGUCAUUGCUUAAGUCUACUCGAUUGCAUGAAUUAUUAAGGGAACUUGAAAUUGAGGUGAAGCUUACAUUGGCUCUUCUUAUUAAGGAAUCAUUAUCAGAAUUCAAGUCAUUACUUUUGAGUGGGAGCGAUAAAGACUUGAAGGAAUUCAUCGACAAGUUGCCAAUUCAAGCUGUUACUGUAGUAUCGCAGAUUGUAUUCACUUCAGAAACAGAAGUUUCUAUUAAUAAUGGUAAAUUGAGAUCGUUAUUAGAAGUCUACGAUGUUUUGGUUAACAAUCUAAUCAGUCUCAUAAGUUCUGAUGUCUCAGCCCUACUUAGGAAACAAGCCCAAUACAUCGUUAUAGAAGUUCUCCACCAAAGAGAAAUUCUCUUGAAAUUGUCUAAAUGCGGUUCAGAAAUUGAUACGGAUUACAUUUGGAGCUUACAACAGCUCUUCUACUUUGACGCAACCUCAGAUCCUUUGGAAAGCGUGAAAGUGAAACAUGCUAAUACUUCUUUUGCAUAUGGAUUUGAGUACUUGGGAAUUCCAGACAAAUUGGCAUAUACACCAUUAAUUGAGAAGACAUUCCUCACGAUGGCGCAGGCAUUGGACCAAAAUCUUGGUGGUUCUCCAUAUGGACCAGCAGGAACCGGGAAGACUGAAUCAGUCAAAGCAUUGGGAAAUAAUCUUGGUAAAAUGACUGUUGUGUUUUGUUGUGAUGAAUCGUUCGAUUUCCAGUCCAUGGGUCGAAUCCUUCUUGGUCUAUGCAAAGUAGGAAGUUGGGGUUGCUUUGACGAAUUCAACAGAUUGGAUAAAAAGAUGUUAAGUGCUAUUUCUUCCCAAAUUGAAACCAUCGAGGCAGGAUUGAGAAACAAGAAAUUGCCUAUUGAAUUAUCUGGAAAGACUUUCCAGGUGAAUCCUGAAACUGGUAUCUUUGUGACUAUGAACCCUGGCUAUGUUGGAAGAGUUGAACUUCCAGAGAACUUGAAGAAGUUAUUUAGAAGUUGCUCAAUGGAAGUUCCAGAUAAGGAGAUCAUAGUUGAUGUUAUCUUGACAUCGCAGACAUUCCAUCACUCUAAGGAAUUGGCUUCAAUUAUCGUUCCAUUUUUUGAAGAAAUCGAGAGAACUGUUUCAAAACAAAGUCACUAUGAUUUUGGUUUGAGAACAUUGAAAAAUAUGUUGGUAAAAUGUGGUAUGCUCAAGAGACGUCUUGGAGACCUGGAUGAUAAACUUGAAGAAACCAUUAUUGUUUUACAAAGUAUACGAGAAAUUGUAGCACCCAAAUUGGUUAAAGAAGAUGUGCUAACAUUGAAGGAAAUCGAGGCAAGGUAUUUCAACGGUAUAAGCUACGACGACCAGAGCUAUUCAAAUUUUAUUUUGCAAUUGGACAGUUACUGUGAACAAAAUGGUUUACUUUGCAGCGAAGAAUGGACCACAAAGGCAUUACAACUCUAUCAAAUGCAAAAUUCCCAUCAUGGUAUGAUACUUGUUGGUUCUUCGGGAUCAGGGAAAACUUCAAUCUGGAAACUGGUUUUGCAUGUUUUAUCUGGAAACAUUGAUGAUGUUUCAUUUGUGAUUGACUGUAAAGUUCUUUCCAAAGAAGAAAUAUAUGGAUAUCUCGAUACUGUUACUAGAGAUUGGACUGAUGGCUUAUUCACUAGUAUUUUGAGGAGAAUUAGAGAAAAUCUUAGAGGAGAAUUGUCGAAACGCAUUUGGAUUGUUUUUGAUGGUGACAUCGACCCUGAGUGGGCAGAAAAUCUCAAUAGUGUAUUGGAUGACAAUAAAGUACUCACAUUGCCAAAUGGUGAAAGAAUCACAUUGCCUCCAAAUGUUAGAUUAGUCUUUGAAGUCGAUUCAUUGCAGAAUGCAACUUUGGCGACUGUCAGUCGUUGUGGAAUGAUAUGGUUCGACUCAUCUGUUGUUUCGCAAGAGUCCUUAAUCAAGAAGAUUAUCCACAACCUCUCGGAGACAAUUUCAUCGGAUGAGGAAGUAUUGUCGACCAAGAAACCCGUAAUGGAAUUACAAGAAAAGCUAGUCUGCUUUCUCGAAUCCAUUAUAAGCCCUCAGAUGCUCACGAGUAUUUUGGAAGAGUCUCAAAGAUAUGCUCACGUAAUGAGCUUUUCGUUACAAAGAAGUGUUCAAUCUUUACUGACUCUACUCAAAUCUUAUUUCCGUCGCUAUCUCGAAUGUCAGCAGUUCGAUACCACCACAAUUGACGAAAUGCAAAGAUACGUUCUCAAGGCUUUGAUCUUAUCAACUAUAUGGGCAUUUGUAGGUGAUUGUUGCACUGAAGAUCGUGAAAGUUUUUCAGCAGCAAUUGCGAGAUUGGAAUGCUUCUCGAAUUUAGAACCAGUAGCCAGCGGAAGUUAUCUAGAUUAUGAUAUUUCCUUACCAGAAAUCGACUGGAGAAACUGGAGUUCGAAAGUAGAUGCAAUUGAUUUGGAACCUCACCAAGUAGUCAAUGCUAGUACAGUUGUUCCUACAUCUGAUACUCACAAACAUGAGUCGUUAAUCUACUCUAUUUUGAGGGAACACAACCCUUUGGUACUUUGCGGUCCGCCUGGCUCCGGAAAGACCAUGACCUUACUUGGAGCCUUGCGGAAGUCACCAAAUAUGGAAGUAAUUUCCUUAAACUUUUCGAAAGAAACUUCUCCCAAGUCAUUGUUGCAAUCGCUUCAACAAUUUUGUGAGUUCAAGAAGACCAAUUUGGGUAUUGAAUUGUCGCCCAAAAUUCUGGGUAAGUGGGUUGUAGUAUUCUGCGACGAAAUCAACUUACCAGCAAAAGACAAGUACGGAACCCAAAAGGUGAUUUCGUUACUUCGACAGAUGAUUGAGCACAAUGGAUUUUGGAGAUCCAAAGAUAAACAAUGGAUUUCUCUAUCCAAUAUUCAAUUUGUUGGAGCCUGCAAUCCACCAACUGAUCCAGGAAGAAAUAUUCUUAGUGAUAGAUUCUUACGCCAUGCUAGUGUGGUAAUGGUUGAUUAUCCAGGAAAAACUUCAUUGUAUCAGAUCUACCAUACCUUUAUUCUGUCAAUUUUGAAGUUUGCUCCAGACCUUAGAGGGUUCUCCAAAGAACUUACGAAUGCAAUGAUUGAUGUAUAUCUUGAAACAAAAGUGAAUCUCAAUAGCAAUAUCCAAGAUCACUACAUCUACUCACCUCGUGAGUUGACUAGAUGGACUAGAGGAAUACUUGAAGCAUUAAAAUCCUAUGAGUACACCAGCAUGCAAUCACUUGUUCGAUUGUGGUACCAUGAGGGUAUGCGCUUGUUUUACGACAGACUUGUGAAUGAAUGGGAGAAGAAUUGGACAAAGGAAACGCUUAGAACAGUUUCAUCUAUUCAUUUUCCCAACGUCGAUCUUGAGACUGUCCUAAAAGAGCCCAUCCUUUAUUCGAACUGGUUGACUCUGACUUAUGAGCCAGUUGAUGAGAUUGAACUUUCAAAAUUUGUUUCCGAAAGAUUGAGAGUUUUCAGCGAAGAAGAAGUUGAAGUUGAUCUAGUGUUAUAUCAAGAUUUGUUGGAUCACGCCCUAAGGAUUGACCGUGUCUUACGCCAACCUCAGGGCCACAUGAUUUUAGUAGGUCCUAGCACCAGUGGUAAAACUACUCUUGCCAGAUUUGUUUCGUGGAUGAAUGGUUUAAGUUUGGUACAAUUAGCUGUCAACAGAAACUAUGGAAUUGAUGACUUCGAUUCGCAAUUGAGAGACAUUCUUUUAAGAUGUGCCCAAGGAGAAAAGAUUUGUUUCAUUAUUGAAGAAUCUAGUAUCAUGGAGACUUCCUUCGUAGAAAGAAUGAAUACAUUAUUAGCCAAUGCCGAGAUUCCUGGUUUAUUCGAAGAGGAGCAAUACACAAAUUUGAUGGCAAUUUGUAUGGAACAGGCACAAUCUCAAGGGCUACUUUUAGAUUCUAACGAGGAGUUGUACGACUGGUUUACUCAGCAAGUUUCAUUAAAUUUGCAUGUUGUAUUCGCUAUCAGUGAUACCAGGAGUACAAGUAGCUCUUCUGUCAUUUCUUCACCAGCCCUAUUUAACAGAUGUGUUCUCAGUUGGAUGGGGGAUUGGUCUGAAACUUCUUUGUGCGAGAUUAGUUCUAAAUUGUUGGAGAGCGUUCCGCUUGAUAUGUCCAACUAUGUGAUCCCUUCUACUAUGGAACCUUUUGUGAGCAAGGAAAUCAUAGGGUUCAGAGAUAUUGCUAUUGAUACGUUGGUAUAUAUCCAUAGAUAUACAAUCAAUAGCUCAUUAAGCAUUGAUGUUGGACGAACUCCUAGUCGAUUCAUUUCCUUUAUUCACAGCUUUAUCAAGAUCUUUGAAAAGAAGCAAGAUGAAUUGGAAGAAAACCAGAGACAUAUUAGCACAGGCUUGGACAAACUAAGAGAAACAGUCUUGGAAGUUAAUACCUUAAAGGCUGAUUUGACAAAGAAGCAAGAAUCAUUAAAGGAGAAGGAUCAGCAAGCAAAAGCUAUCUUGAACAAAAUGUUGAUUGAGCAGAACGAAGCAGAGAGAAAGCAUGAAUUUUCGAUUGCAACUCAAGAAGAACUUGGAAAGCAAGAAAUUGAGAUUGAAAAGCGUAGAACUUCAGUUUUGAAGGACUUGGAAAUUGCCGAACCAGCAGUGUUGGAGGCUAGAAGAGGAGUCCAGAAUAUCAAAAAACAACAUUUGACAGAAAUAAGAAGUAUGGCAAACCCUCCAGCUGCUGUCAAAUUGACAAUGGAAUCCGUCUGCAUCCUCAUUGGGUAUCAAGUUUCAAGUUGGAGAGAUGUUCAAUUGGUAGUUCGUAAAGAUGAUUUCAUAGCCAAUAUUGUUUCUUUCGAUAGCGAAGAACAAUUGAGUUCUGAAUUGAGAGAGUAUAUGGAACAAGUUUAUCUCUCGAGAGAAGACUAUAAUUACGAAGCCGUAUACCGAGCCAGUAAAGCUUGCGGACCUUUGCUCCAAUGGGUAGAAGCUCAGCUUACAUACUCCAAGAUAUUACAAAAUAUUGGUCCACUUAGGGAAGAAGUUAAGACAUUAGAAAGACAAACAACCAAGACUAGAGCUCAGUUAAUUGCAAUUGAUCAAAUGAUAAAUGAAUUGGAAGAGAGUAUUGAACAGUACAAAGAAGCAUACAGUUCCUUGAUCAGGGAUGCUGAGAAUAUCAAGCUGGAAAUGAAGCGGGUUGAACUGAAAGUUGAGAGAAGUAUGAAGUUGAUUGACGAUUUGACGAACGAAAGAGGAAGAUGGAAGAAUAGUAUUUUGAAGUUUGGAGAAAGAAGAAAGAGCCUUAUUGGUGAUUCAAUUUUGGCGUCAGCAUUUCUCGUUUAUUCUGGAGUUUACGAUGAAAGAAGCAGAUAUGAAUUGGUGAAGAAUUGGAAAGAUAAGCUUGCGUCAUCUGGAAUUCUCUUUGAUGAUACACUUACCGUCUCAAGUUAUCUUACAACAAGCAGUCAAAUCCACCAAUGGGAGAGCUUUGGUCUUAGUCAUGAUACCACUACUAUUGAGAACUUCACCAUUUUGAACUCUUGUGAGUUCCCCCUCAUAAUUGAUCCUACUUCCAGCGUUCUUAAUAUUUUGGUAAAGUCUCUGACAUCACACAGUGUGACUGUAACCAGUUUCCUAAAUGAAGGUUAUAUAAAGCAGGUUGAAAAUGCUUUGAGAUUUGGUGGAAGUAUAAUCAUUGAAGACGCAGAGUAUUACGAUCCAUUGUUGAAUUCCAUACUCAAGAAGGAAAUUCAGCGUAACGGUGGAAGGCAAUUGAUUCGUCUUGGAGAGCAAUUGUUAGACUUUUCUGCCAAUUUCAAAUUGUACCUUCAUUCAAAGGACCCAUCUAUGCACUUAUCUCCAUUUGUUAGUGCCAGAACUACAAUUGUGAACUUUUCAAUCACCACAGCCAGUCUCGAGAAUAAGAUACUUGAUAUCUACUUGAGAGAAACCCAACCGGACAUCGACAAGAAGAGAUCAGAGUUGGUAAUUUUACAGGGAGAGUACGAGGUACGUUUGCACUCGUUAGAAGAAGAAUUGCUUCAUUCCUUAAGUCAAAGUUCAGGGAACAUAUUGGAAAAUGACGAUGUAGUCAACACCUUAGAGACAUUAAAGAAAGGGGCCAAAGAAAUAGAUGAAAAGUUAAAGGACUCGGCUGAAGUCAUGGAAUAUGUGGAUUCAUUUAGGAACAAAUUCCAAGUUGUCUCCAAGCAUGUAUCUGGAGUUUUCACUAUCUUGGAGAAGCUCAGAGAGUUGAACAGCAUCUACAGCUUUUCAUUAAGGAACUUCAUCUUCACCUUUUCAGAGCUCUUGAAGUCAAGAGGAAAAAAUUUGGAAAUUUCAGAGUUUGUCUCGUUUAUUUACAAAGAGUUUUUCGCUUCGUUUUCGGUUUCUUUAGUUGAAUCCGACAAAGUAACGUUUGCAUUAUGUUUAGGAUACAAUUUUUAUUCGCUUGAGAUCGGUAAUCAUUUUGGCGAUGCUUUCUUGUCUACGUUGAAAUUACUUACAAGCGAGAAUAAGGUGAAUGACAUUAAGGAAAUAUUAUUGUCCUGUUUUGCCAGAUUCUCAAAUGAAAAGUCGCUUGAUAUAGAGUUGAUAACCAAAGAAAAUGCAGACAAUGAGACUAUUCAGAAACUCUCAUUGUUUUGGAAGUUAUAUUCUUUAACAGAAAGAGGUACUUCAUUUUUCGGUGCUGCUAGCGACUUUACAAAGGAAAUAACAGGUAAUAUCGAUUACAAUUCCUCUUACGAAUUGAAUCAUUGGGCACUGAAAGAGACUACUGGUCCUAUUAUCAUAGCUUCUCCUGAUGGUUAUGAUGCAACAUAUAAGAUUGAAAUGGCUGCAGACAAUCUAAACAGGUCUACGCAGAUUAUUUCUAUGGGAUCCAAAGAAGGUAUUGAAAUGGCCAAUAAGGAGAUCUCUGCUGCUGCUAAGGCCGGCAACUGGAUAGUUAUCCAGAACAUUCAGAUGUCACCUCAGUGGUUAAGCCAACUUGAAAAGAGACUUGAAGGUUUACUCCCUAUUCCAAGUUUCAGACUUUUCUUGACGUGCAAUAUUUCUUCUGAAGUGCCAGUAUCUUUGAUUUCAGAAUCCAAGGUGUUGAUUUAUGAGAAUCAGCCUACAUUGAGAAGUAUUAUGCUUGAAACGUUUUCAUUGAUUCCUCAAGAAAAGACCAAGAGUCAUCCUACAGAAUUCUUGAGGGUAUCUUUCCUUUUAGCAUGGUUCCAUUCGAUCCUUCAACUCAGACUUCAAUACGCUCCAAUAUCGUUUAAGAAGAAAUAUGGCGUCAAUGAUUCUGAUUUUGAUUCAGCGUUUGCGAUAAUCUCAAAUCAGUUCGAACAGUUUGAGGGCAAGACAAAUGUAUCACCAGAAUUGAUACCAUGGAAAAAGAUUGCAUAUAUUGUUGGAGAGAUUACUUACGGUGGUAAGAUUGAUAAUGCUGAAGACUUGAAAUAUGUGACUGACUUAGCUUCUACCUUAUUCAGAGUUGAAGCUUUCAAUCAAGAUUUUAACUUGAUCCAAAAUAGCUUAACAGAAUCUACAAAGGAGAAAUUAGAGCCACCAGAAGGCAUUGUCGUUGCUGCAUACCACAAGUGGAUCGAUAACUUGCCACAUCAGACUGCUCUAAGCUGGAUAGGACUAGAAAUCAAUGCUGACAGUCUUUUGAGAGAAAAGGAGAGUCAAGAUAUUGCGGCAAAAGUCUUGAAGUUACAUGACCGAGAAUGAUAGUAGUGUUAGGAAUAUAGUAGAGUUAGCUCAACAAAGCAUAUCUAGGCAAUUAAUGAAAAUCUACAG